ACAAAUCUUAAAAGAUACCUAGUUUUAAAUUAAAGAAACUUUUAAAUGUUUAAACCAAAGUUAGAUAAAUACACACAUUAUUUACACUGAUGAAUACGUUGAUUUAUUUUAAAUUAGGAGAUUUAGCGUUUCGCAUUAUUAAAGGUGUGUCGAGUUAAAGAUCGUGGAUUAAUACAAAAAACAUGAAUUUUAGCCAAGCGCUUGCUAAAAUUAGGGAGAAUGAAGAAAUCCGCGCCAAGUCGACGCCUAUUGCUAUGGUCGCGCCGGAACUAAAACAGAACACUGAGGAUACUGAGAUAACGAAGACUUGUGCAGUUCUAGGGUGCGAGGAAUCCAAAAACCUUAAUUCAGAUUCAUUCUUUAGGUUUCCUGAGGAUCCUAGUUUCAAACAAAUAUGGACAGAUCUCACAGGUAGAAACAACUGGACGCCUACAGAUUACUCAUACAUUUGUGUCCAACAUUUCUCAGUUGAUUGCUUUGAAUGUGAUGCUCAUGAUGCAGUGGUGCUCAACAGUAAGGCUGUACCUUCGUUGAAGCUGCCUAAGCAUGUUUUGGAGGUGGAAUAUAUUGAUGAGGACACGUUUGAAAACGAGUAUGAAGACAAUUAUUAUGAAGAAGAUCAAGAUUAUGAGAUGGAUAAUGAAGUAGCUAAUAAUAUAGAAAAUGAGGAGCAUUUAGAUGAGGAUUAUAUGAGUGAAGAACAUAUUGAAGAACAUAAUCUUAGUGAAGAUCACAUUACAGAAAAUCAUAGACAAGAUGUUCCCCAAAGCAAAUAUCUAACAAAUGGUAACUACAAUCACACAACUAUGAAACCAAGUACGUCUAAUUUCGAUAACAUAACCGAUAAACCAACGAGUAAAACAAAAGACGACGAAAAUCUGGAACUAUUGAAACUAUUCACACAAGUCCAAAAGAUGCAGAGACGAGCGACAAAAUUAAAAGACAAAUUGAAAACUGGCAUGAGAGCUUAUAAACGCCAAAGUAGGUGCUUAGCUCGACUAAAAGAAGAAAUAGAUUUGAAAAAGAACUUACUAGUUCAGAGGCGUAAGAAAAAGUCGAGAAUUUUAUUAUCCCUUCAAGAUAAGAUAAGAGAGGAUACGAACGGCUUGGUACUAGCGAUGCCAACACGACAUACGGAUGACUUGAAGAAUUUCGCACUAAGUGUUUAUAAGUACUCCCCACAAGCGUAUAUCUAUAUCAGAAAUACCCUCAGGACUUUACUACCGAGUACAGACGUACUGGAUUCGUGGGUGCUGUCUGGAUAUGAGGCGAAAAAUGUGUUGUCGAGUAGUAAAACUGUGAGAGUAGUUUCAGAGUUGACUGAUACAGAAUUAUCGUGUAAAGUGUCAUUUCGUUAAUCAGUUUUAAGUAAGUAAGGAAAUUGUCGAUAUUUUUUAGUGAAUAAAUUCCAAAUUAUUUUCAAUUA